AUGGUGCAGAAUAAAGAAAUCGAAGAGAAGGUGUUAGAGUACCAAAAAAUUAAACAAGAACUUCUCCAAGACAGUAAAGCCAUUGAAUGUAAACAGGAAACAGACGAAGUUGUGAAAGUUUCAGAGCAACAGGAGGAAAAAAUAAUUGAAGAAGAAAAGCCACCACCACAGGAAGAGUUAACUAAUGGUAUUGUAACUCCCGAACAAGAAGUCGAACCUGUAAUAAGGCGACAAAGCAUCAGACUUCAAAAAGCUCAGUUUGUUCCCGAACAUGCACCAGCAGUCACAGAUCAGUUUUUUGUAUGUCGACGUUGUACAAUUUUCUUUCAAAGUCGGAAACUUCGUAAAAUUCACAACAUGACAUGCCAUCGAAGGAAACCAAAUGGUCUCGAAGAAGCAGUUCCGGCUGAUACACUUAAAAAACGACAACGACGGUCAUCUUCCAACAAGGAUCCAUUUAUCUGUGAUUUAUGCGAGAAGGUUUUUAAGAAGAAAGCCUUGCUUCGGUCCCACAUGAACACGCAUCUGACUGAACCGCAGUUCUUCUGCUCUAUGUGUCCGUACGCUUCAAAACGCAAUAAUGAUCUGAAAAAGCAUAAUGGGAUGCAUCAUAAUCCCGAUAGAAUAGUUAAAAAUAGAAUUAGACUAAGAAAAUGUGACAAAUGUGAAUUAAUUCUUGAUGGCAAGAAAGCAUUAAAACUUCACAUAAGAGAGAAACAUCCACCCGAAGAAAUAGUGAAGAGAUCACCACUGAAACCGCGAGUAUUAAAGAAAGUAUGCGAGAAAUGUGACGAAGUUAUUGAAGGAAUGAAAGCGUAUAAAAGACAUAUUAAAGAGAAGCACUCGGAGAUAACUGAAGUCAACAUGGAUUGUCGAACUUAUUUUAGAAGCAAUGGAGAUUUGAAAACCUUCGACUGUCCUCAUUGUGACAAGAAAUUUUCACUCAAAAGCCAUCUAACACUUCACUCACGUAAACAUUUAAAUUUGACGUGCAACAAGUGCAAUGUUACGUUCAAAAACAAAUUUAAUCUCAAAUGGCAUGAAUUUUCUCAUCUGGAAAUUGAACCGAAAUGUACUAAUUGCUUUGUAAGUUUCACGUCAGAACAAAAGUUUUCAGUUCAUCUCAAGAAGAAAAUUUGUAUGCCAAAUGGUGCAGUGAAUGGAGCAAUCGUAGCCACCUGAAAGUAAAACAUUGUGAAUAUAUUUAAUUUUAAUAUAAUAUUUUUCGUUUCUUUAUUUUAAAUAAAUAAAUAAAUGAAUCGACUUUUAAAUAAAUAAAUAAAAACCGCAAUUUCGAGGACGUUUCUCGAGAC